UGUGGGCACACUGUUUGUUUGCCGGUCUGAUGUGCAUGCCGAGAAAAAUAGUAUUGCUUUUCUAAUUAAGCAACAAAAAUGGCCGACGAUGAACAAGACGACCAAAAGGAGUACCGUUGGGAGACUGGCUAUGAAAAGACUUGGGAAGCCAUCAAGGAGGAUGAUGAUGGCCUGCUGGACGGUGCCAUCGCCGAUAUUAUACAAAAGGCAAAACGCAAACGACAGGCGGACAAGACUAAACAGAAUCGCCUGGGAAUGAUGCGGCAUAUGUUCAUCGUCUUAGAUUGCUCUGAGUCGAUGAGCGUGCCUGAUCUGAAGCCCACGCGUUUGUUAUGCACCCUUAAGUUGCUGGAGAUCUUUAUUGAAGAGUUUUUCGACCAGAAUCCCAUAAGCCAGCUGGGUAUUAUCGCACUAAAGGCAAAGAGAGCGGAGAAAAUUACCGAGCUGACCGGUACCUCGCGAGUGCAUCUCAAGGCUUUAGCAAACCUGGCGAAUGUCCCUCUAACCAGUGAGCCCUCACUGCAAAAUGGCUUGGAUUUGGCGUUGAAGACCCUUAAAGUGGUGCCGUCGCAUGCAUCGCGAGAAAUCGUUAUCAUCAUGGGCUCACUGACUACCUGCGAUCCAGUGGAUAUUAAUAUAACUAUAGAUGAGCUGAAGAGGGAACGAAUACGCUGUUCGGUUAUUUCGUUAUCAGCAGAAAUUCACAUCUGCCGCUAUUUAACGCAACAGACUAUGGGCACCUUUGGUGCUGUAUUGGACGAUGCACAUUAUCGAGAUCAGUUGUUGUCUCAGGUGGAUCCACCACCCGCUGCAAAGACACAGGAUAACUCACUGAUACGCAUGGGCUUUCCGCACAGCAAGGACGAGGUGGAGGGUAAGGAUGCACCGCUAUCCAUGUGCAUGUGCCACAUCGAAAAUCUUGAAGAGCCCAGCGAAUUGUCCACCACCGGUCAUCAUUGUCCACAAUGCAACAGCAAAUAUUGUGAGCUGCCAGUCGAGUGCCAAUGUUGUGGGCUGACGCUGGUGUCAGCGCCCCAUUUGGCCCGCUCCUAUCAUCAUUUGUUCCCAGUGCCCAACUUCGAGGAAUUGUCUUAUGACAUGGUGCCACCGGCAUCGCCUGACUGCGAUAGCUUGCGCAAAUGCUUUGCCUGCAUAAGGGUGCUGAAUCCCGUGACAGACAAAAGUGUUUUCAAGUGUGGCUACUGCAAUCAGUUCUUCUGCAUAGAUUGUGAUAUAUUUAUUCAUGAGACACUGCAUGCUUGCGUCGGCUGCAAUACAAUACCAGGAGUUGCUGGCUUGGUCUACCAGAAGCAAGGUGGCAGAGCGACUAACAACAUGCCGCAGCACCAGCAACAACAACAACAACAACAGCAGCAACCACCGCAGCAACAACAACAACAGCAGCUACAGCAACCUCAAACGAUGCUGCCUUCCACCUCCAAGCAACGGCCUCAGUUUAAUAUGUAAGACUUGAUCAGUUGAGUUGUUCACUAAAAACAUGCAUUACUAUUUAGAUUAAGACAUAUAUUUAGGAAUAAAAGUUGUAUUUUACA